GACGAGUGGAUUGUUUGUGUUCUAGAAACCCGGAAGUAGAGCUAACCUUGACAAGCAUGAGCUGAACUCAUGUGCCUCUGGCUUCAAGAAAAAGCUUAAAAUGAAUCAAUUCCUGUUUCCUGACUAUUCUAAGAUCUUCCAGUAUUUGUCCGAGAGUAAUUAGGUUUCUCGACGUGUAUUUUAUUGCACGAAAACUCCAUGUUUUAGCUAGAUAAAUGGAUGGCUAGCACAUCAUUACUGCACUCCCUGGACUCAAUCUCGUUUGGUUGUCUUCAUCUGCUAUCCAAAGAUGAGGAGCUCCUUUCUGUUUGUCACCAGAAGCUGUAAGGCUCUUCACAGGCUGCAACCAUUUUCAGCUCAGAGGAUCCCUGUGUUGAGAUACAGGAGCACCCAUUCUUCCUCCAGAGAGGACAGGAGUUACUACAUAACCACUCCCAUCUUCUAUGUCAAUGCUUCUCCUCAUUUAGGACACUUGUAUUCAGCUGUGCUAGCUGACUGCUUGCACAGGUAUAAGCUGCUGCAGGGCUUCAACUCAAAGUUUGCAACAGGCACAGACGAACAUGGCUUGAAAAUCCAACAAGCUGCUGAAGCUGCAGGAAAAGAUCCCCUGACAUUCUGCACUGAUGUGUCUGAGAGAUUCAAACAUCUCUUCAGCAGCUGCAACGUAUCGUGCACAGACUUCAUAAGAACCACUGAGCAGAGACACCGUGAGGCUGUGGAGCAUUUCUGGUCAGUGCUCUGGAACAAAGGGCUCAUCUACAAGGGGAGUUAUGAAGGCUGGUACUCCACCCAAGAUGAAAGCUUCCUCACGGCGUCGCAGGUGGCCGAUGCUCUGGACUCAUCGGGGAAGGAGAUCAAAGUAUCGCUGGAGAGUGGCCACAAGGUUGAGUGGAUGAAAGAGGAGAACUACAUGUUUCGUCUUUCUGCGUUUCGGUCUCAGCUGCUCGACUGGCUCAGAGAAAAUCCCCGGGCCAUACAGCCUGAGCGUUUCCACCAGGAAGUCCUUCAGUGGCUGCAGGAGGACCUCCCUGACCUCUCCGUCUCCCGCCAGAGAAGCCGCCUUCAGUGGGGCAUACCAGUCCCGGGUGAUGCUGAACAAACCAUCUACGUGUGGCUAGACGCUCUGGUGAACUACCUCACGGUCGCUGGCUAUCCAGAUAAACACGACCAGUGGUGGAACGUGGCCCGCCACAUUGUUGGAAAGGACAUCUUAAAGUUUCAUGCCAUCUACUGGCCAGCUUUUCUUCUCGGGGCUGGACUGCCGUUGCCACAGACGAUAUAUGUGCACUCUCACUGGACGGUGGGAGGAAAGAAGAUGUCUAAAAGUUUGGGUAACGUGGUGGAUCCUCUUGAACGCUCACAGAUGUUCACAACUGAUGGUAUGAGGUACUUUCUUCUGCGUCAGGGUGUCCCAGACUCGGACUGCGAUUACACAGACGGCAAAGUUAUCAAGCUUCUCAAUGCAGAGCUCGCCGACUCACUGGGUGGUCUGCUGAACCGCUGCACGGCUCCAGCUCUGAACCCAGCUCAGGUCUACCCCUCUUUCUGCCCUCAGUCCUUCCCAAGGGACCAGGAAGGCAGGGCGGUGGUUGAAGACUACCACAUGUUGGAUGCUGUGAGAAACCUCCCCACUGUGGUGGAGCAGCACUACGAGAGCAUGCAUGUGUACAAAGCUCUGGAGGCCAUCGGCGCUUGUGUGAGGCAGACCAACGGGUUCAUUCAGCGCCACGUACCGUGGAAGCUGGAUAGGAGGGACAGUAAAGACCAGCGCUGGCUGGACACCAUCAACCAUGUCUCCCUUGAAUGCUUGAGGAUUUAUGGCACACUCCUCCAGCCAGUAGUGCCGGGGAUUUCUGACAAGCUGCUGUCCAGACUCGGGGUGCGACCGGGCGAGAGGAGCUGGGCAGAUGUGAACUUCCUGCCAAGGUUUCAGGGAAACGACUGUCCCUUUGAAGGGAGAGCGCUAGGAUCUGACUCUGGAGUGCUUUUUAGUCGCUUGGAAAGUCUGAAUUUAGAUAAACAAAAACCUAAGAAAACAAAAAAGGCAGCAAAUGUGAAAUGAGGAAUUGUUUUAUUUCAUGUUCCCUGAUUCAAUCAAUAAAGAAAUAAAACUCCUGUGGCUCUUUUCACUUAAACUUCUCGAGAAUCUGUGAGGUGUACCGACAGAGGCCGGACCCUGAAAUUCACACAUCCAACUAGAACGGAGCCACAUUGUUAUUAUUAAUAAUUAGACUGUGCAUUUUCUACAUUGACAUGUCAAACAGUCUGCUGUGAAAAGGAUUAUUCUCAGCAACCUGUGUGGGUGUAAAGGGGCUUUCAUAUUUGCUUUCACAACCUAUUUUUACAUCAUGUAAAAUU